AGGGCGGUUGUCACCUCCCGCCGCAAAACCUUAAACCCUCGAAGGAGCUCUGCUAACCCCUGUCGCAGCCAUUAAUCUCCGUUUCCUCACACACAGGGAACAUGGAGCGAUCUCAGAAGUCUCACAGGUCUCGUCAAUCUGGCCCCUCAGCCAAGAAAAAAUCCGAUACUGAUAAGAAGAAACGCGGCCUCACCGAUGAUACGAAGCGAGACACUAGUACUGAUAAGAAGAAACGCGACCUCACUGAUGAUAAGAAGCGAAACCCUAAGGCUUUCGCAUUCAAUUCAACUGUAAAAGCUAAGCGUUUACAGUCCCGUGCUUCAGAGAAAGAGCAGCGUCGCCUCCACAUUCCAACUAUUGAUCGCAAUACAGGGGAACCUGCUCCUUAUGUUAUCGUUGUCCAUGGCCCUCCUCAGGUUGGAAAGUCUCUACUUAUCAAAUCUCUUAUCAAGCACUACACCAAGCAUAACAUACCCGAUGUGCGAGGUCCAAUCACUAUUGUAUCAGGUAAACAAAGAAGGCUACAAUUUGUGGAGUGCCCAAAUGAUAUCAAUGGUAUGAUUGAUGCUGCUAAAUUUGCUGAUCUUGCACUUUUGCUUAUUGAUGGAAGCUAUGGUUUUGAAAUGGAAACAUUUGAGUUUCUUAACAUUAUGCAAGUUCAUGGAUUCCCAAAAGUUAUGGGUGUUCUUACACAUCUUGAUAAGUUCAAAGAUGUCAAGAAACUCAAAAAGACAAAACAAAGACUCAAACAUCGUUUCUGGACAGAAAUUUAUGAUGGAGCAAAAUUAUUCUACUUAUCUGGUCUUAUUCAUGGAAAGUAUGUGAAACGUGAAGUUCAUAAUCUUGCAAGAUUCAUUUCUGUUAUGAAAUUCCAUCCUCUUUCUUGGAGAACCAAUCAUCCUUACAUUCUAGUAGACCGUUUUGAAGAUGUUACACCUCCAGAUAAAGUGGCAACCAAUAAAAAAUGUGAUAGAAACGUGACAUUAUACGGUUAUUUACGUGGUUGCAAUAUGAAAAAAGGAACUAAAGUGCAUAUUGCUGGUGUAGGAGAUUAUAAUGUAGCAGGUGUAACAGGUUUACCUGAUCCUUGCCCUUUACCUUCAGCUGCAAAAAAGAAAGGGUUACGUGAUAAAGAGAAGCUUUUUUAUGCACCUAUGUCUGGAUUAGGGGAUCUUUUAUACGAUAAAGAUGCUGUUUAUAUAAACAUUAAUGAUCACUUUGUUCAGUUUUCUAAAAAAGAUGAUGAAGAUGAUGGUUCAGGAACUAGAGAUGUAGGCGCGGAUCUUGUGAAAUCACUUCAAAACACGAAAUAUUCUGUUGAUGAGAAGUUAAAUAAUAGUUUUAUCAAUUUUUUUAGUCAAAGUGGAAAAAUUACAAAUGGUGAUGAAAAUAACUCCAUUGAACCUAUGGAGGAAGCUAAUACUGUUGGUUCUGAUGAGGAAAGUGAAGAUGAAGAAGAUCUUGAUGACUCUGAAGAAGAUAACAACCCUCAUGAAAAGUCAACUGAUAGUCAAAAAGUCAAAGAUAACAUUCAGGAAGAAGUUGAGAUUCAUGAGGGGAGAAGAAGGAGAAGGGCAGUUUUUGGAAACGAAAGUGACCUUGAUGAUCAAGAGGCUACUGAUGAAGAUGAUGAUGAAGAAGAUAAUGAUUCAGAUGAUGAUCAAAAUUCUUCUGAGGAAGAAGAAGAGGAGGAAGAGGAAGAGGAAGAAGAUCUAGAAGAAAAUGCAGGGAAUGCUUCAAAAUGGAAAGAAUCAUUAAUUGAAAGGACAAUAUCAAGAAAAAGCAUUAAUCUUAUGCAACUUGUGUAUGGGAAGUCUGAAACAAAACCAGAUGCUUCUUCCCAUGAAGAAAUGGAUGUAAAUGAAAGUGAUGAUGAUGAUGAGUUUUUCAAGCCCAAAGGUGAAGGAAACAAGAAAUUAAGCGAAGGAGUGGAGGGCAAUAUGGUAAAUACAGAAGAUAGUUCCAAGUUCACAAACUUUGCUAGUGUAAAAGACUGGAAAGAUGGAGAAACAAUUGAAAGCAUUCGUGAUCGUUUUGUAACUGGAGACUGGUCAAAGGCUGCUCGUCGAGUUGAAGGUGUUGACGUGGACGGUGAAAAUGACGAUGAUGCCCCUGUGUUUGGUGAGUUUGAAGACUUGGAAACAGGUGAGAAGAAUGAAGGUGAUAAAACAGAGCCUGACUCAGUUGCUGAAGAACGAAGACUCAAAAAGCUUGCUCUUCAUGAUGAUGACAACAAUAAAAAAGUCAAGAAUAAUAAUAACAAAGCUAAUGAAGUUAGUUAUAUCGACAAGUUGAAAGAGGAAGCUGAGCUUCAGAGACAAAGAAAUAUAGCUGAACUGGAAGACCUAGAUGAGGCCACACGGUUAGAAAUAGAGGGUCACCGCACUGGAACCUACCUCAGAUUAGAAAUCCAUAAUGUCCCAUACGAAAUGAUUGACCAUUUUGACCCUUGUCAUCCUCUUCUCAUUGGUGGAAUCGGCCUCACAGAAGAAAACGUUGGAUACAUGCAGGCAAGAUUUAAGCGACACAGAUGGCAUAAAAAAGUAUUAAAAACAAAAGAUCCAAUAAUUGUUUCAAUCGGAUGGAGGCGUUACCAAACACUCCCAAUAUACGCCAUUGAAGACAUAAACGGGCGCCACCGUAUGCUAAAAUACACCCCCGAACACAUGCACUGCCUCGCCAUGUUCUGGGGCCCACUCGCCCCUCCCAACACCGGGAUCGUAGCCGUCCAAAAUCUCUCAAAUAGUCAGGCAUCAUUCAGAAUCACAGCUACUGCGGUCGUUCUAGAGUUCAACCAUUCCGCAAAAAUCGUUAAAAAAUUAAAACUAGUUGGCGAACCGUGUAAAAUUUACAAAAAAACCGCACUUAUUAAAAAAAUGUUCACUUCUGACCUUGAAGUGGCUAGAUUCGAAGGCGCGUCGAUUCGAACUGUUAGUGGGAUUCGUGGACAAGUGAAAAAGGUGGGAAAGAUUGAGUUGGGUAAUAAGCCGAAAAAGAUGGGGGGAAAAGUUGAAGAAGGAAUAGCGAGGUGUACUUUUGAAGAUAAGAUUUUAAUGAGUGAUAUUGUAUUUUUGCGCGCGUGGACUCAAGUUGAUGUCCCGUGUUUUUAUAACCCGUUGACAACCGCCUUGCAACCACGUGGCGACACCUGGCGCGGUGUGAGAACAGUAGCGGAGUUGAGAAGAGAAUAUAAUGUUCCAAUUCCUGACAACAAAGAUUCUCACUACAAGAGGAUAGAAAGACCGUUGAAGAAGUUCAACCCGGUUGUGGUCCCGAAAUCAUUGCAAAGUUCGUUGCCAUUUCGGUCAAAGCCAAAGGAUGUGAAGACAAAGAAGGAUGGAAGGGCGGUUGUUCCAGAACCACAUGAGAGAGAUGUUCAUAAACUCGUGCAGCAUUUGCAGUUGAUUAGGCAUAAUAAGAUGAAGCAGCAGAAAAUGAAGAAAAUGGAGAAGAAGAAAAAGUACGAUGUGGAGAAAGCUAAGGAAGAAGUGGUGACAAAGAAACGUCAAAGGGAAGAAAGAAGGGAGAGGUUUCGUAGCCAAGAUAAGAUGCAGAAGAAAAUGCGCAGAGAUUGAGGUCGCCUAUUAUUCUUUUUUGCAUUUAAUGCGUUGCGUUUUUGUAAGUUUAAGUUUUGGAGGGUUUAUGAAUAGUGGGAUAAACUUGAAGGUGAGAUUGUAUUAUUUUAUAAUUUAGACUCCUACUGCCGGCAAAAA